ACUAUCACAGUUCCAAGAAUUAUCGUCACGCGAUAGUAAACGAUUAAAUCUUACUGCUUGGAUUUUGCUUCUGUGUGUUAUAAUGUAUAAUGUACAAACGCAAAAAAAUGAGCUAUGGGAUUAAAAAUAAUACGAAAUUAUUACGAAUAAAGAUAAAAUAACGCGAUUAAAAAGUAAAAAUGGAAAUUCCUUAUAAUUUUCAUUCGAUAUAAAGUUUUAGGUUAUGUAUUCUUUAUUUAUUUAAUGAUACUAAAGGAUACUGAAUGUACGCCUUAAUGUUAAAUAGAUAAUCGUUAUCAGUACCUUUAUAAUUGAUAAAAAUUAUUCGAGUAAACAAUGGGAGUUGAAUAACUUUUAAUAAUAUUGUUUUACUAGUAGAAUAAAAUAUUUUCAUGUAAUAUAAGUAGUUUGAUUUUAUGUAAAUAAGUAAUAAUGUCAACAAUAGAUUCACGUCGAUUGACCGAACCAGAAUUCUUAUCAGAACAUGAACUCUGUCAAAUAUUAAAAAACAGAUGUAUUGAAAUAAGAAAUUUUGAAAGAUUAUCUAAAGUAGAAUUGAUAGAGUUAUACAAACGAGUUGCUAUGCCGUUACCCCAAAGACAACUUCGAAACAUAAAUUGUAAAGAGGCAAACAGAAGUAAUUUGAAUCAGAAGCCUGUAUCAGAAAUAGAUCAAAAUAUGACAAUACAGCUUUCUGAUAAACAUGACAAUACAAGCAUUACUAACUUACAUGAAAAAAAAAGAAAAGUAUUUCAUGAAAAUUUAAUAGAACCAAAGUCAUUCAUGCAUGAAACUAAAUCAGUAUUGAAAAAAGUUCGUCUAACUUCUAUAUCAAAAAGAGAAAUUGAUUGUAAUGGAAUUAACAAACAUGAAAUUAAUGAAGAAAAUGAAGUAUGGUUUGAUGUAUUUAUGAUUCAACUUUACCACCUACAAAGAAAAGGCAAAAAAUUACAUGGCCCUAACUUCUAAUUGAUAAGUGAUAUGCGAACUUUUUUGUUUUAAUUUAAAAAAUUUGAAAUUUCUCUAUAUUAUUACACUUUUUAUUCUUAUUACAAAGAAUUUUGAACUGUAUAUUACAGUUGAUUGACAGCUAAUGUAUUUAUAAGAAUAUAUUUUAGCGUUUUUCCAUUGAUAUAAAA